AAGAUUUUGUUAGACAAUUAAUACAGUAACACAUUUUCUAUCAAUAACAUUAUAUGCAGCAGAGACUAGACGAGUCCCUUAAUAAAAAAUCGUUACAAACUUAAACUCCAACAAACCCAUUAAUACAGUAAUACAUUUUCUAUCAAUAACAUAUGCCGCAGAGAUCAGACGUUAUAAACUUAUAAAAACUGCAAAUAUGCAGCACAGACCAGACGAGUCCAUUAAUAUAAAAUCAUUCAAACUUAUAAAACCUCUCCCUUCAGUCCUUGAGGCACCAAUUUAUUGAAUUCGAUUCAUUUAUUCAAUGUCAAAAUUAAUGUGUCUCUGCUGUCCAGGCUGUGCCUCGUAGAUGUGCCCACGUGGCGCAAAAAUAAGAAGUUAUUCAUGCUCAUAACCAAAGUUUAAGUAUAUUUGUGGAGUCCUCUCACGAAAGACGAUCCAUAAUAAGCAAACAAACUAACCAAAGCUUACGAUUAAGUUUAAACAAAUAAGAUGCCAGUGGCAGAGGCAAGUUUUAUAUUUGAACUAAAUUUAUUUAUUACUUAGUUUUUUAUACUUUAGUUAGCAGGGAACGAGGCUUCUAAUGAGUCAUCAAAAACUUUUGUCUUCCAGGGAGAGGGUCACACAUUGGGCAAUGCAUUAAGAUGUGUGAUUUCUAGCUAGCUCUGGCGCGAUGAUAUUGUUUGCGGAAAAUAUCAACUGUGGCAAAGUGGGAUUGUUUAUAAAUAGUGGUGGAAGUAGAUGUUAUUUUCUCGCGUAAAUUGCGACUGAGAUGGGAAACGUCCAACUAGCAAUCAUCAUUCUAUCCCUGAUAGCAAUUGCACUAUUGAUUUCUUUCGCGUUUUACCACUCUUUCAACCUAAUAAGCUGGAUAAACGCAUGGAUAACCUCGAAUAAAGAAGAAAAAGUGGGUCUUACCCGGCUGAAAGGUCAUUAUAAUGCCAACGGAUACUUGGUUCAUUCCGACUCAGAUAUCCAGUUAGACUGGAGCAGCGGUAGUUUUAAGAGGUUUGACUCGAUCGACAGGGACUUUAAAAUAUCUGUAGCUACCACGAGCUUGACGGAAUGGCAAACGAAUGUAGAAGAUAUCAUACCCCCGCAACCUUUGAGACCAGCUCCAGUACCUGGGGCGACAAGUUUACUAACUGCCCAUAGUAUAGACACUACUACUAUUAGUACUACAACAACUACUACUACGCAUUGUAAAAAAUCGCAAAACGAAGGUCUUAUGGUUGAGUCGACGUCAAUAUCUCCUAUCCCGAGACCGGUUAGUUCAGUAAAUGUAGCAACGUUAGCAUCGCAAUCGUCAUUUCCGGUUAGUUUGAGUCCCCCACCGCCAAAUCCGCCAUCUACGUCCAGGAGUGUAUCGCGUACCCAAAGCGCUCCGCAAAAACUAUCCGCCAUUCAACAGGUCCAACAACAGCCAGAACAAAAAGAUAAAGUCGUCGAGGGUGGAGGCAGUUCAUCGAGUUUUGACGAACCCGAAGUGAUUUCCGACGCGUUGAAAAGGGCGCUUUCAUGCGAUAGCGUCUGCUCAGAUACGUCGGUCGCGUUGGGUGAUUUAGAAAUUUUCAAUAUUACCGGUUAUUUGUGCAUCGGCCUAGAGUACGACAGCGAAACUUGGGACUUCGUCGUAAACGUCCUCGAAGCCAAGGAUCUCAACGGUGUUGUAAAAAAAGACGGAUAUAUGGACACAUACGUCCGGGUUUCGUUGCUUCCCGAUAAAGAGGCGACCAUACAAACCAGAGUGUAUCGCAGUACGAGCAGUCCUAGUUAUAAGGAGAGAUUCCUGUUUACUUUGAAUCCACGAGAACAAAUGCAGAGGAUAUUGGCGUUUCACUUAUACGCGACUGAUUUUUUGUCGCACACCCUUAUUGGAGAAGGAGAGUUAAGGCUUAUAGAUAUUAGUUUAAGACAACCCGUAACUACAUGGGUGACACUAACAGACACAGGUCAGAAAGGAACAGAAUUUGGGGAGUUAAUGUUCUCAAUCAGUUAUCUUCCAACUGCAGAAAGACUGACCGUCGUAGUUGUUAAAGCGAGAAACCUUAAAUUUUCAGUUGGGGCCUCAGGAGAUUCGUUUGUUAAGGUUUACUUAAUGCAACAAAAUAAGAAAAUCAACAAAAAGAAAACGUCGUCUAAAAGAGGCGAACAGUGUCCCAUCUUCAAUGAGGCUAUGAUGUUUAGCGUUCCUGUCCAUACGCUCUCGACUAUUCAGUUGCGAUUGACUGUGGCCGAAACUCCGAACGAAGAAAACACAAAGGCAAUCCCAAUCGGCCAUGUAAUAGUGGGAUCUCAGGCUAGCGGGCGAUCCUUAAAUCAUUGGAAUCAGAUGCUUACCGCGCUUAGAAAACCCGUAGCUAUGUGGCAUUCACUCCGAAAAUAACUCCAGUGUGGUAACAUAGUGUUGUUCGGCAGUUGUUAAAUGUUAUACAUACAUAUUAUGUGAUAAAUCAAACAUAUUUUGUCUCAUCGAGAGUUGUUUUGUACAUACGUAUGUACUUAUAUAUCAAAUGCUUCGACUGGCAAAUUUCUACUUUUAAUUUUGAUUAAAGGCAUCUGCGUUAUUAUUGCUAAUAUCUAAAAUACGUUAUUUUGUUCACCGAACUAUGGCCAAAAUUUUUUCAUAUUUAAACUGCGGUGAAAAGUCGCUUCAACGAAAAAAUGCCACUCUCCGGCGGAACAUAAAAUGGAGUACGAAAUAAACACUAAAUAUGCAGUUUUUUUUUUUUUAGUUUUCAUCCUGUCAGUUGAGAGAUUAGUAUUUCCACUAUAAAAGUGAAUUAUCCAAGAUAGCUUGUUUUGGUUAGUUUUGGUUAGUUUUGGUUAGUUUUGGUUAGUUAGAGUAAUAAAAGUUAAGAUAAAAAUUAUAAUUAAUAUUCCUAAUAAAUCUUUAAAAGAGUAAUAAGAAUGAAUCCUGUCAGUUGAGAGAUUAGUAUUUCCACUAUUUCCAAGAUAGCUUGUUUUGGAUACUAGCUAAUAACAAUAAUUAAAACAAAACAAACCAGACAAAAUAUAGUUGUAAUAAUAUCUUUUUUUUUUGCUAGUUUUAAUGUAAAAAAGGCCUAAAUGUAUGAAUGUGCAUAGACUUUUAAUUCAGUUGUCAAAAAAAAACACAAAUUAAAUUAACUCACUUUUUCCCUUUAAUUGGGUACCUUAUACUACCUUUGUGUUUAAAUUACAUGUUAUUUCUUAAAUGUUUGUAGUUGAAAAGUGUAUUUUUACAGUCGGAAAUUACAUUUGCAAUGUAGUCUAUAAAUAAUUGUUAACAAACUUGAUAUUUUCAGUAAUAAAGUUUAUCAUUAAUAGGAGACUUCCUGUCAUCAUCUUAGGUAUGUAUAUUGUGACUGAAAUAUUUUGAUUAUACUAUAUUACACUAGGCAUCACUUUUGAAAUAUUGAUUUUCAUAUCAAUUUGUUUUUCAAAUGAUCAGGAAUUUAUUGUGGUCUAAUUUAAGUAAUAAGGGGAAUUUACUUCAACGCUUUUACAAGAGCUAAUUUUUAUCCAAAGUGACAAUCUGCACCAGACAUUUAAAAUCAACAAUGCAAUUCGUGGCAAAACACGUUGCUACCGGAGCACAGUAUAAUUUAGCGAAUCAAUCACAACAAUAAGCAAGUUUGGAAGCAUCGAAUAAAUUUACAGAAUCCGUAGCUAAACACAAUUUCAAGUUCUACUUUAAAACUUCUAAAUAAUUGUCAAUAUUGUUUGCAUUUUUGAAAAACUAUACAUAUUUUUCUACGCACUGUAUAAUCCUUUUCAUGUUUAUCGUAACGUAAUUGCUUUUUUUGUGUGACAAUGUAAAGAACGUGAAAAAGUACCUCCUCCAUUUUUCCCUUCAUGUGACAAUAACGCUAUUAAACGUUUUCUGCUUUUCAUAUGAAUAUACUGUGAUAUAUAUACUGUAAUGGGCACAUAACCAGUCCUUUAGGUUUUAUGCAAAAUAUUCAUAUUUCACGUUAAUUUUGACGAUCAAUUUCAUAAAACUUAAAGGAUUUCUUUUCCUAAUGUAGUAAGCUUUAUUACAUUAUGUUAUACCCUGUGAUCUGAUGAUUAAAUUUAAAUAGUAUAUCGUUUGUUGAUAAAUAGGCAAAUUUGUUAGUUUAGAAAUAUCCAACCUUCUCCUUCCAUCCCACAAUGACUAUUUUGACACAUUUAUAUUGUAGGUACCAGAUGUGAAAAAUAAAAAUAGUAACUAUUAUCAAUCAAUGUAACUAAAUUGGAUCGCCGUUUAUAGUUGCUGGUAGAGAGCAGCGAAAAUGAAACGUCUACUCUAUCAGAUCCUAUAAAUGGGUUGGUUAAUGAUAUAUACAUGCUAAUAUUCACGAAACAAAUGUUUAUAAAAUAAUAACGCCAAGAUCUAAAUUGUUUUGUAGUGUCAAUACAGCUGUUCUUUCUCUAAUUCUUAUUCAAGAUAAAUAUUAAAAUACUUCUGGAUUUCGAGUUUGUGUAUGUAAAGAAAAUAUA